CCAUUCCUUCUGAAUGACAUUUUUUGAAUGACACCAAAUAAACCGUCCCCUUUAGCUGCCUUGAAGACGAACCUGCAAUAAACAUUCUGAAGAACAUCCCAUCGAUCAAACAUGUGUUUAGGCAAGACCACCGCAGCUAGAUCAGUGAUUUCAAUGGUUGAUUUGAUGCCAAGCCUGUGGCAGACUUUUUCAGACUCCAAACCAUCUGAGGGAAGAGGUUAUAAGUGAAAUAUCCUAGACGAGUGGGAAACGUCGACUGGAUUCGACAAGGAAAACUCACAUUUAUCGUACUGCCGGCCGUAAUGGGUGCACGAGCUGUAGUUCACGUAAUUAUUCGCGAGGAGCAUCAAACACAAAAGAUGCAGAACAUCCCGUCGAGCCAUUUUCGCAGGAACUGUCAGAAAGCCAUAAAGGACACGGUUAACGUCACCGUCGAUCAACGAAUAAUCGAGUCAGUGAUUAAUUCCCAACUGAUUCGCCGCGAUACGAAGGGGGAGAGCUGGGAAGAAAAUUGGAAGACGUAGGAUAUUUUCGCGGAAUAGUCGGGUUCGAUUCACCGUCUUCGAGGAUACGUCAUCCACGUAUCAAAACAAAACGAAUGCAGCUCUGAUGUCCAUGGGAAAGACAAAGAAGGGGGGAGAGAGAGAUAGAGAGAGAGAGAGAGAGAGAGAGAGAAAGAGAGAGAGUAAUUUCUAAGAUCGACGAUCUCUGUGCUCUGCGUUUCAAAACGAAAAUACACGUCGUCGCGACGAAAAUUAUUUUCACACAUAAGAUUAACAAGGGCCGACCUGUUAGAAUGGACGGAAAUACUUCGGACGGCGGGAAGGUGAUACGGUUGAAUUUCAACGAAGUCGAGGUCGGUAAAACGGCGGUAAAAACGAUAGAAUUAUGGAACGAAUCCUGUUAUGAACAGACUUAUCAAGUUCAACGGGACCCGAUUACAAACCCACUGGACCACGUUUUCCAUUUACGUUGUUACACAUGGAUGCUGGCGCCGAAAGAGAAAUACGUGUGCGAGGUUCGUUACAGUCCGUUCGUUGCAUCCUCGACGAACGUGGAUUACUUUACCAUAACGGACUCCAUCGGGACCUGUUCGAAAGUGAUUACCCGCGGGACUUGCAUCGGACCCCGUGUAACCUGCUCGACAACGAAGAUCAUUUUGAUCAGCACAAUCAAGAAUCCUGAACCAAAAUGGCGCAUUAAACUUAUGAAUAAUUCAAAGGCACCGGCCCUCUUCAUGUUCGCCUUGGAUGAUAAUUAUCGGCCAUUUAAGUUAGAUAAGAGAUAUGGCUGCAUCAAUUCCCGUUCCUGUAAAUACGUAACGAUUAUAUUCACACCGCCGAAAAAUGGAGUUUACAGCUAUCGUUUGGCGGUUUUAAUUCUGCAUCAGGAGCCGAUCAUCAUCGACUUAUACGGAUACCGAAGCUCGUCCCGUGCAAAGGAAGACGAAAAUCGCUUUAAUUUUCCUCUGAGAGAGAAAAACCGCUUCGCAGAAUACAUGAACGACAGCGUCGACGCAACGGGUGACCUUCCAGUUGCGUCUUUCUCAAAGAAUUAUUUUGAUUUUGGUCACGCCGAAAUAGAAACAGAGACGACUAUUCAAAGAAUACCGCAAGCAGUAUGCUUUACUAAUCACAGUCAAUCUGAUUUAUUGGUCACCUGGGCAGAAGAUGAUGAAGGGAUUUUUAACGUGAAACCUAGCGAGCUGCGCGUGACGCGGAAUCAAUCAGCGCUAUUUGAACUCUCCUUUCAUCCAAACGUCAGGAAUAAUUUAUUCGGACAGGAGAUCGUCGCCUCCGUUUUCACGAGUCAUCCAGGGGACAUCGUUUUUCCAUUUGUUGCAACAAUCAAAGUGAUAGGUCAUUCGUUUCCCACUACGUCGAAUGGAUGGAUUCCGCAAUAUGAAAUACCUCAAACUGUAAUAAUGCCACCGUGCGUGCCACCGUUUCCGGUCUACACGACGUUCGUGAUCAGGAGGUUCGGUCAUUUACCCAUGAUGUUCCAAUUCGUUCCACCACCGGAGUCUCGUUUCUCUUUGAAGCCAAUGCUUGGGAUGAUUCAUCGAAAUUAUCAAGUAAUUGCGGUAAAAAUGUCGCCGAAAAUGAAAAACGAACAAAUUUACCUAGAACGAUGGACCGUAUAUUUUAACGGAAACGUCGAGAAUGCGUGUUACAUUGAUUUUAAAGGAUAUGCGGAAUACGCGAAUAUAAUAUUCUUGAAUGGCAAUGUUUUAAAUUUCGCAUCAGUGUAUCCACGUUGUCAGCAGUUUAAGAAACUCGGAAUUCGGAACGUCACACGGCAUAAAAUCAAAUACACGUUUUUCCAAAUACCAAAUGAACUCACUAUGCAGACAGUAAGCGGAGAAAUUGAACCGAAUGAUAUUCUAUUUCAAGAAUGUUCAUUUCAACCAAACGAACCGUGUCUUGAUUACGAUUUCGAGAUGCAAUGCGUGUUAAUUGCUAUGAAGAAUGAGAGUACUAUAGGAAUGAAGAGUUGCGUGAAUCUACGCGUUCGUGGUAGAAGCGAAUUGGNUCUGUUUUAGGCGACUCCUGAAGAAUUAAAUUUCAGUGAAAUGGAAUACGGUUCCACUAAAACAUUGACUUUUACUCUUUUUAACUAUAGUCUAGUAAACAUUUAUUUUAAACUGAUUUGCACUCAUCGAAACUGGCCAGUGGGCGAUAUAGAAAGAGAUGUUCAAAUGCGUCCAUCAGUAGGGACAAUUUUUCCUGGAUUUCAUAAGGAAAUCAUGAUUUCUAUUACACCCCAUACGCCCGGUUAUUACGAAUUUGAUGUUCAAUAUCUGAUAAGAGUGAAUUCCAGAUUAAACACUCUUUUGUUUGACCAAAGUCCUACCAAAGUUUGUACUGCGUGUUGUAUGUGCAUAUUGCCUACUUUGAAGAUUUACAAUAUUUGUGCUUAUGGAUAUGUACAAAAAAUUCCAUUAAAUAUAAGCAAACCAUAUCUGUGGGAAGCACUGGAAAUAGAUAAAUUAAAUAGAAUUCUUGAAACGAUAUUGCCAGGAGAAAGAAAGAAAUUGAAUGUAACAUUCUUUCCAACAAUUAUAAAUAAUGAAACUGUUUUUAUAAAACUAUCUGUUAAGAAUCAUUCAAGAUUUUCUGUUUCUUGGAGCAUUAAGUGGAUCCACCAAUGUAACUGCAAACCAGUCAUGCAAAAGAUUGGUCUUUCAUUUCAGAAAAAAGAACUUGAUUGUUUUCAUCAGAAACUUUGUAUUCUGUAUCCAGUAUCCGGCGUACUAAAGAGCUGCGAAGAAACUGUAAUCAAUAUGAAAAUCUAUCACUCAUUAGUUGGAAAAUCGGAGAUAUCCUGGGAAUUAGACAUAGGUCAUAAUCGUUGUAUUAUUUUGGACAUGUUAAUUGAUUGUUUAUCCGAUACAGAGAAGCAAUAUAAUUUUCUAAGUAAAACGUGCAUUAAAUUCGGACAAAUUUAUUUUGGAAACAGAGGACCGAUUUAUAAAGCGCAUUGGAUAUAUAACAUAACAAACGAUGAUUUAUCGUAUUCCAUAAACGUCGAUGAUAUUUCCAAGAUUAAUGAACAAUAUCAGUGCGAAGUAUUUUGUUGCUUAACUAAAAGUGGCAUAGUGGAGGCUCGAUCGGCAAUACCUUUGCUUUUGAAAUUUCAGCCUAGGAUGUUUGGUUUUUAUAAGGCGCUAGUCAUAAUAACAUUGGGUAAUAAAAAAAUGAAAUUGAAUGUAGAAGGUGAAUCAUCUUAUGACUUCAGAUCGACUAUAAUUGAAAAAUCAAUACCAAUUGAUUGUACUUGUGACACUACAGAACUGCCUGUAUAUUUCAAUAUACAGUGCAUAGAUAUGUGGUCCAUUCCAAUGCAUAAUUCUGUCAUUAAACUGAUUAUUCUGCAAAACCGUUUGAAUCAUGAUGCACUUGGGUUUGAGUGGAAAUGCAAAGAUGUGUCAGAGGUACUUCAAGUCAAGAUAUUUCCCCGCAAAGGUGUAAUUAGUCCAAGUACCAUGAAAAGUUUUAUGCUAAAGAUUUUCACGAAAGGAUACCCCUGUGGAUUUGAUCUUGAUAUACCUUGCAAAUUAAUUAAUGUCAGUAAAGUACGUGAAUAUCAAAGAAGUAUUAUCAAGUACAAUCUUCUGAAGAACGAAUUGGAAGGACAGUUUAUUAUCACAGAAAGAGGCACUACUAUUCCAAAACCGUGGUUAAAAAUAUUGGACAAACCAAGUGUAUUUUAUAAAACAUUAAGUUUACGAUGCACCAUAUAUUCCAUGGAAGAUGAACGCAUAAGAAACAGUUUAAAAGAAGAAUUGAAGAGUGCACCAUCAAGAGCAGUAUUUCUUGAUGACAGUGAGAACUACAAUAUCACAAAAAAUGGAAAAGAACUUAAUAUAAUUACAUUUAUUCUGGAAGGUUUAUUGUGGGACAUUGUUAGUAGUAGAAGAUUCGAAAUGAUCAUUCGACAAAAUUUAAUACCUACAAGGAAUUUAUAUUAUUCUCAAUUUGCAAUGAAUCUGCAUGAAAGGAAAAGAUUAAUAAAAAGAUCAUUUAUAUCUCCACCAUUAUCCUUUAUUAAUUCUAUAUUAGAAGAAGCAUUGUUUCUUAUAGUACACGAAGAAUUUUCUUUGGAUAUAGCACACUUAAUUCCUGAAGAAGAUAUAAGGCAUGAUAAUUAUAUUAAAAUUAUUCAGAAACAAAACAAACUUUACAUGGAAAACAGUGAAAAUACUCAAUUAUCUUCUGCUAUGUCACAAGAGAAUUAUACAAGAGGAAUAUUUAGAGUGUCCUUUACAAAUUAAAUGCAAGCAGUAAAUACUUAAGUAAUAAGUUAUUUAUACUAGCUAAUUUUUGUCACAUAUGGAUCUGGAAUUCGCUUAAACACAGCCAAGAACUUUAAUCCUUUAUUUCUAGUUACUUUCUGGCCUUCUUCUGUACUUACAUACAGCUGCUCCACAAUAGGAUCUUCAUCCUUCAUACAAAAUUGAAUAUUAUUACAAUUAUUUAAAUUACUUUUUAAAUAAUUAUGUACCAAAAAAAACUUACAUAUUCCUGUUCAGAAACAUCAUCAAACAAUGGAUGUUCACGAAAAUGCUGCACCAUCCAAUUAUGUAAAUCUUCAACGUCUGUCACUGUGUACACAAUAGCCUUUAAAUAAUACAUUGGAUAUUAUUACAAUUGAAAGUAAUUUGGAUUGCAAAAGUUUUUUUAAAUGAGAUACUAAAAAUAAUAUUACUCCUUCAGCUAAUACAUAGGCAUAUUCUGCCAGAAGAGUCUUAUUUAUAAUUCUCCAUUUGUGUUUAGACUUCUUGAAAUGUGGAUCUGGAUAUAGAAAGAACAUCUUCUUCAGUUGCCCUUUAUAAAAAUAGUUUGGUAAAUAUUUCAUUGCAUUGGUCCUCAAGCAUGCCACAUUCUGAUAUUGCCCAGGAUUUUGAGAUCGUAAUGCAGCUAUGCGAUCCAUUACAUAGUCAGAAACUUUUACUCUGAUUUCCAUACCAAGAAUGAGAUUAUCAGGGAACAUUGGUGAUAGUGUAACUAUUACAGAAAAUACGGUCAUUUAAUACAAUUUUAGAAUGUUAAAUAUCAGAUUUUGAAUAAGAUCUGAAUUAUACAUACCCAAUAACCCUCCAUAGCCACAACCAAUAUCUGCGAAUUCUACACGCUUCCUCUGGGCAUUAUUUUCAUCUGACUUUACUUCAUUGUUUGAAAAAUAAUGUGGAUACAAGGCACUCCAAUUCAUUGCAUCAGGAUUUACGGGGCUAAAAAGAAUUUCAUUUAAAAGCAAAGUCAGAAAACAUUUGAAAUAACAAUGUUAUGUUAUUGUAAGUUUAAAAGCCAAGACUUAUUUUAUUUAUAGAUACAUUCACGUACUAUUCUAUACAGUGAUCCGCUAUGGGAUUUGAGUGGGCUCGUUGCCUAUAAUAUUUUUUUUGCGGUAACGGUAGUGGCUCUGACAUGAUAGUAGAUUUCGACAAAAACAAGUCCACAUGGAGUGCAGCGUCUUAACCUAACCCGAUUGAAACCUAACCAAAUUGACAGGUUGUAGUUAUUUAACUGUCAAGUAAUGAAGUGUUCGUUGAUUGGUCAAAGGAAAAGAAUUCCACAGAAAUUAUUGAAAAAUUUGUAAUUCGUUAACAAAGAUUUAUUGAGUCGCAAAAUUAAGUUAAAUACAUAAUUAUAUCCACUAAUACCUAGCGUAUAAAAAGUUUAUGUAAUUACACUGAAGGUAGUAUAAAAUUUAAUAGCUUUAUUUUUUGUAUUUUAAUAGAUCCAUUUUUUUUUACACAUAUACGAAAUACAGUUUUUGUGUAUAGAAGUUAUUUUAAU